UGAUGGCGGCGCCUUGAGCUUCGCGGAUGUUGCUGGUGUUCUUUGCGGAAUCGCUUUUAACAGGCUGCCAGAUGGAAGAGUGCCCAUCAGCGACAGUGAGUGAGCUGAUAAUUACCAGUGAGAUGGCAGAGGCUGCAAGACAACCAGACACCUACAGCCUCCCACUGGAACCAACUCCGGCCCAGGGAGAGGAAGGUCACCGAGCUGCCACUGCAGUGGAUAAGCAGCCAGAGGCACUCCUUGUGCCACAAGGCAGCCAGUCUCCGGGGAAGGGGCUGGUCGUGGUUGGCAACUCAGCCUCUGAGCCAAUGACUGUUUGCGACAAUGGCCCCCUGCUGCCGGAUGUUCGGGAGGAGGCCGGGACUCCAGGAAGCAGCCAGGUUAACGAACCACUGACUCAGAACCCAGAGCAGGUGAAAGAGAACAUGGACCUUCUGGAGACAGCGCAGGUACUGAGUGAGAUUGCGGGCCUCCCUCUGGCGGAGAAUGACCGGCCUGAAGCCGAGAAGCAGGCUGAACCCCUGACCGAGAGGCCUGAGCGUCACCUCUUGGUCUUGUCGACUGUGGCCCGCGAGAGCCUGGAGUUUCAGGUGCCCCAGGAGGCGAUGCUGGAGCUGCCCAAUGGCAUCAAAAUGUACGGAAAGGACCUCGCAGCGAUCACUGAACUUCUACACCCGACUCAGGUGCUGCUCCAGACGGGACCACGGAAGUUCACCUUAGCUCCAGCUGACACUGUGAUCUCAGCUGGCUCUUUGCUCUUCACUGUAUCGCAGGAGACAAACCAAGAGGAACCACUGGCAAAGCCACAAGAUCCAGAAGUGGAAGCUGAAGGGAAAUUGUACAAGUGCUACCUCUGCAGUUUGACCUUUAAUCGCCGUGGCAACUAUGUCCGACAUAAGAAAAUCCACAUGGUUAACACCGAGGAAGAUGCCAGAUACAAGUGUCCACACUGUGAUCGCCAGUUCAUCCAGCACUGUGACCUGCGGAGACAUGCUCACAUUCACACAGGGACACAGCCCCACAAGUGUGACGUAUGCAGGAAAGGCUUUCUCAGAGCCAGUGAUCUGGUGGUCCACAAGAGAUUCCAUACCAAAGAUCGUCCGUUCCAGUGCAGCCAGUGCCAGAAAUCCUUCUUCCAGUCCGGUGACCUGCGCCGUCACAUUAGAAACAUCCACAUGACCAAUGCCCGAAUGCUGAGCUGUGGUCAUUGCAGGAAGAAGUACACCAAGGAAGCAACACUCCUUCAUCACAUUCAGACAGUACAUCAGGAUGUGCUGCUACAGACCCUGCAGGACCAGGGCCAACACAGCAGUGAGGUUAAUCUAUCAGGGAUUGGAAAUACAGCUGACACUGAAAGUUCCCUUCACACGUACGGGCCUGAGGAUGUGGAGGCAAGCUCUGCCAGUUCAGCAUUACCAGUCAAGGCAGAAAGGAAUGAAGAGACCUCAUUGGCAGAGGUAUCAGCUACAGAAUGUGACACGGAGACAGGACAACUCCUGGUACCCACAGUCACAGACAACACAAGGGAGCAAACUGGAGCUUUUCUUGGGUGCAGUGGAACAGUGCCCAACCUUGUGCUGAUAGAUAUGGAAAUCACAGGAACCACGGAGGAGACAGCAAGUCCCCUGGGGGGCAGAGAGAGUGAAGUGCAUUCUCCAGCAGUAUAAUGACCCAUCCAACUGAACCACUUCUCCUUUACUGAAUACUGCACCCUGGGUGUGUCUGCCCUUACAUUUAGAUGCAAAUAUCACCACAGUCAAAAUGUAUUUCAACAUCAAACCAAAAAUAUGUUCAUACCUUC